AUGAAGCUCCUAACGCUCAACUUCCUCACCUGCGCCGUCAAAACAUGCAAAACGCAAGCCUCCAGUUUCCCCCUGCACCCGCGCGACGCGGAGCUAGAGAUCCAAGAAUCCGACAUCAACCUGCCGUUCCUGAAGAACAUCCUGCCGCGGCUGAUGUGGGAGGAGUUGAGGACGAUAUGUAAAGAGCUCGGGCUUCCCGACCUCCCCCCCACACCGCCGACGCCUGCCGAUCUGGUCGAUUCGACUUCUGCGGCUGCAGAGACUACAGUAGCGCCCGCGGCGCCCGGCGCACGCGUAGACGAAGAGCCCAGCCAGACGGCGCGGGACCUGCACCGCGUGCUGCUGGAGACGUGCAUCCAGGAGGGCAAGCUGGUGUGCGGGUGCUGCGAGCACGAGUACGCGGUCAAGGAGGGGGUUGCGAAUUUCCUGCUGCCGGGGCAUUUGGUGUGA